AUGCAAGUCAUGCGGUGGGUGCUACUUGUCUUUGCUUUAUUCGCUGCCACAGCUGUGGGUUCCGAGGCGCAGUCCGAUGCGCUGCCGUUUCUCUUUGUCUCCAAGUCUGUCUCAGAUGAUUACGUGGUAGCUGACAGCAGCGUGGAGUUCACCGUCAGUGUUCAUAACUACGGCCAGAGCCCUGCAGUGAAUGUCACAAUCACAGACCUGUUGGUAGACGGCACUACACGUACAAAACGUGUAGACAUUCUUUCCUUUGGGGAGACUGCUGUGCUAAAAUACACCGUUACACCGAAAGACCUUGGAAACUACCCCGUUGGUGUCGCUGAGGUGACAUAUGCCCUGCAGAAAGGGAUGCCUGCCACACAAAAGGCGUACAGCAAUGUCAUCCGCGAGGGCAAUGCAUACUUUUUGGGGGAUAACUACGACGACGAGAGUUUUCGUGGUGUUGUUUCGGUUGUGACGCGGGAGCGCUACGAUCGUUUACAUAAGCGAUAUGCCCGUGAAAUUGUGGCGUACAGUAUUCUCUGCGUUAUUCCUGCACUCUUUCCGUUCUUCGUGUAUCGCGCAGAGCAGAACCAGGUGGAUCUCCUGAUUCGCCGAUCCAAACUCGCUAAAUAA